AUGAAAGUUUCUACGACCAAAUUUCUGGCUGUGUUCUUAUUAGUUAGACUCGUUUGCGCUGUUGAUUCAGGUCAAUUAAGGAUUGGAAUCACUAGGAAAGUACCACCAGAUGAGUGUGUCCAAAAGACUCAAUCAGGAGACACAGUUGCUAUACACUAUGAAGGGUCUCUGGAGGACGGCACCAUUUUUGAUUCAUCUUAUGAACGUGAUCAACCAUUGGAGUUUGUUUUAGGAUCUGGACAAGUUAUCAGAGGUUGGGAUCAAGGUUUACAAAACAUGUGUAUUGGAGAGCAGAGAAAGCUAACAAUUCCUCCUGAUUUAGGUUACGGCAGCCGCGGAAUAGGCCCAAUUCCAGCAAAUGCUGUACUAGGUGAGUCUAUUAUUUGGAUUGAUUUGAAAAAAGAUACUAACUCCGCUAGUUUUCAAGGCAGAAUUGGUGGAUAUCAAGAAAAGAGAUGA